AUGAAUUGUAAUUAAAUUUUUAUUGAUUAACUGAGAUGUCCUGAUUUUUAAUCAAAGAAUAAACAUGCUUCACUUAAACGCCCUCCAAAAUACUCAUAGAGUUUCAUAAUGAAUUAAUUAAUUCAUAAACCAAGAAUUAUAAGGAAUUAAUAUAGUGUACAGAAAUAUUCAUCAUCAACUGAUGUUCUUUGCUAAUCUUUCGAAUAACCAUAAGUUUUGAAUUUAACAAUAUCAUAAUUAAGGGAUAGGAAAAUUUUAAACAAGUCAAAGAAGACAGGUUUAUGUUCAAAAUCUAAAAGUAAGGAGAAAUAUCAACAAUUGUCUAGUUAAUAUCACGAAAGGAAACGAUCAAACACCUACCAUAUCAAUUCUCUUGCUAAAACAGCGUUGCUAUUUGUAAAUCGUUAAGAUAAGAGAAUGAAAACAAUUGAAAACUCGGAUAAUCUUUUUGACCUUAAAUACUUGGAAUUAUUGCGAAGUACUUAAUAGAGUGGCAAGCAUAAUCCUUUAAAUACAAUUACAACUUUACCAAAUUACAAUUAUGAAUCGACUUUGAUUUCUUGUGUGUCUUAACCAAGCACCUCUUUGUCAAAUUAAAUCAAUUUGGUUAAAGAAUAUGUUUCUGAAAUUAAUCAGUACAAUGUUAAAUGGUAGGAAUCUGAGAAAAUAACAAAGAACAUCCCAAAAUUAUUAUUAGAAAAAUAUGCUACUUCAGAUGACACGUCAUUAUAUUUAGAAUCCUCAAGAUUUAAAAUCGAGAGGAACUUUAAUCAAAUUUAUAAAUCAGGUAAGUUUCGAUGGCUAUAUCCUGGUGAAGAAGCAGCCAUUUUAGAAGGCAUUGAAUCAUUUCUAAAUGAAUGUUCUAAAAAGAUAUCCUUAUUGAUGAUGAGCAUAUAGAAGAUUUUAAAAUUGAUUAUUACUUAAAAGAGGUUAGAAUAUUUAUUUAACUAUCCUAUCUGCAUGAAGUAAAUUGAAGCUCAUUGGAAGAUUAUGGCUACACUAUUUAAAUUGAAACAGCAAAAUCAUAUAUACAAAAAUUAAGUAACAAAUAAGUUAUGGAAAGACAUUCAAGCAUCAAAAACAUUAUUUUUAGAUUUAAAUCUAGAGAAUAAUAAAUUGGCUCUUUUUGUCAAGCAAUUAUAGCAUUGA